AUGUAUAGUGAAUUGACAUCAAAAGGGGAUGACUUUACGAAACAGAUGUUUCAGAUGUAUAAUACAUUAGAAGAUAUCGUCCACUCGUCCAAAAUGAACGAUAACACUACCGACAGCCGAAGUCUGGAUCAGUUGUAUGCGGACAAUCACUCCGUGACGGGAGCGGAGAUGAUGUCAAAGUCCAAUACAUUGACAAAUAGUAAUUGUAAUAAUGGAUGCGUUAAUAGUAGUGUUGAUAGUCUUAUAUUCAACGCCAAUCCCACGCACCAGAAGUCGAGUAAUAAUAUUUGCGAAAGCAAUCAAUCGCAUUGCGUUAACAAUAGCGGCGAUAAUCAUAUCGUGAAUCCAUUGCUGGACACAAUCAAUUCGCUCACGUCUUGUAGCGACAGUUCAGACGAGUGUGACAUCAAUAAGAAGUGUUACCAACGAAACGAAAGACACCGACGGAUACUAAACGGCGGUUCGCGUCCUUUGAAUCGCAAGUCCUGUAACUAUUACUACAGCAGUUCCGACGCCGAGUCCAUCUCCGGCUAUACGGGAACCAAUUCACUCGAGUCCGGCUAUAAGUCUGAUUACUUGGGAUCCAAUACACCCGAGAUUAUCGAUGGCUCGUCGCUGUCCUCCUUUGGCACAGCCAUUGAUUGCGCCGAACCGCUGAAGACGACCACAACCGCUGCCAUUCAUCCGAUCCCCGACGCCGUCAAUGAGGCCAUCACUCAUCAAAUGUCGGGCAUUGAGUCCACUAAUAAUACGAAGAAGAAUGCGUUUAAAGAGACCUCAAAUAAUAACUCCAAUUCAAAGACAUCGUUGGAUAAGAAUUACAGCAAUAAUAAUACAAACGUUAACAACAAAUACAUAAAGUGUUUGAUUGAUAAUCAAAGCCAACAACAGAAACACCAGAAGCAGAGCUCAGACGACGCCAGCAGUACUUGUAGUGCGGAAUCGUAUCAAACGUCAAACCAUUCUUCUUCGGCUAAUCACGCGACUAAUACUCAACGCAAGACAAGUGGAGGAAUGUUUGGCGAGAAGAUUGCCAACCGAUUGAAAGCGUUUUCAAACGACACACAAUUGGAUCAUUUGCUGAAACUCAGAAAAUCGUUGCUAAAGGCGUUGAAACGCUGCGAAAAGAUCUCAUCGCCGGUGAAUUCGCGCGACGGCUCUCCCAUUACGGUCGCCGGCGGUGUCUCCGUCUCGAGUCGCUCUUCCAGUCCGGCCUCCACUGUAAUCAAGUCCUAUGCAAACAACAACUCGUCCGCCAAUUGCCGGCGACUCAGAGAUGAAACGGAUAAGUGUGGCCAGAGAUUGGCCUCUUCGCCGCUUACUAUCAGGUCCACGACGACCGGCGAACCGGAUCUCUCGGACCGGCAGUCGACGAUGGAGUCGAUGGCCAACUCGUGUCCAAACGGCUCAACGCAUAACAAGAGCGUGCGUUUCAAUAGUUCAGUGAAGUUCAGUACAAACUGCACACAACUGAAUAGAAAGCAACAAAUUAGCGGUAAUUAUGUGUCGAAUAAGUCAAUACUGAAGGACCCGCUCUGCGAGACACUGAGGACCGCCAUAAAGGCCGGAGAGUUUGCCAAUAAUUGUUCGCUUGAGGGCGAGAUCGACGAGCUAUUGUACGGACGCACCGGUGCUUAUUAUUACGCCCCACAACAACAGCCCCAACAGUCGUCCACCACUACUACCACUACUUCCAGCAAACGUAUGGAUAGUACAGGUAGUGGUCAUCAUUUGGCGGAUGAGUUAAUGUGUCCCUCGUCUGCAUACGUGGCUAUGAUUGAGGAGAAGUAUCGCACACUAACCGCCGCUAAUGGCAGCUCCGGCUAUGGUUACAGUGGCGGUGGUGUUGUUGUUGGGGGCAAACUAUGCACCACAACAUCCAGUGCCGCCAAUUCCAAGAAAACGAUAAAUACUAGUAAAGUCAACAUCGAAAUACAUAAAAACAUUAAAGUCUCUGUUAAAUGCAAUUUUGGUGUCGAAAGCAAUUACCAGAAUAAUAGACAUAAAGAUUAUAAGCCUUAA